CAUUAAACAGGCCACUGUGCAUCUAUGUCAUAAUUCUGAUGGCGUGGGACAAGAAGAUAUUGUGAAAUGUUCCCCAGUCACCAUAUCAGUACAAGAUUCUGAGAAGUGAACGUAUAUUCCCCGCCAGGUGUAAUAAUGUCACACAGGUGUUUUUCCGUGCUUUCUCUGGUGAUCAUCAGUUGUUUUUAUGCAGUGGUGACCCCUGAGCAGAAAGUGUCUGGAUGGACUGGCUGGUCAGGCUGGACCUCAUGUUCAGUGACGUGUGGUUAUGGUCUGAUGUACAGGGAAGCGUACUGGGUGGACAAGAAUGGACAGAGGACGAACAGGACAACACAUGAUAACAUGGGAUGUUACAUCCCAAAGUCCUGCCCUGUUGAUGGUAACUGGACCACGUGGUCUGGAUGGUACUGGUGUUCCUCAAUCUGUGGGCCCGGGCGUCAGGAGAGAUACCGCUACUGUGUCAACCCAAAACCUGCUAACGGGGGAAUGCCCUGUUCAGGUCUGGCGAAUGAGAGCAGGGCUUGUGAAGUAAUACCAUGUCCUACUAUUCCUCCGUCUUUCAGUUUAUCGGAGUGUAAAAAGGAAGACUUUAUGUGUAACAGCAGACAACAGUGUGUUCCGGCUGCGCAGAAAUGUGACAAAACGCUACAAUGUCAUGACGGAAGUGACGAAUUGAAAUGCAGAUAUGUCAACAACCAUGGUACCAUGAAUGGAAUAUCAAAGACAAUAUAUCAUAUAUUUUUUGUUCUAUUUCUUUUACAUGCAACAUGAACAAAGUUGAAAUGUGAAUGGAUGUAUGAAAUCUGUUAAGGAGAGAUAGAGAGAAAUUUGUUGAUAUACUGUUAACAAAACAAGUGGAACUCGUAAUUAUUUUUUGAAGUAAUUAAAAACAAAUUCUCAAAUUAUUUUUGUACUAUUCUAUCACAUGCAACAUGAACAAAGUUCAAAAUGUUAAUAAUUGGAUGAAAUAUGGUUAGGAUAGAGAGAGAGAGAGAGAGGAGAAAGAGAGAGAGAGAGUUGUUGAUAUAUGGUUAACAAAACAAGUAGAGCAACUUGUUUAUUUUUUUUUGUAGGAAUUAGAAAAAUUGUCGCUUUUAGAAUAUUGAAUUUAUCAUAAACUGUAUUUGAUGCAUUUUUUCCUCAUGUUUAUGGUGCUUUUUGUAAUAUAGAUCAAGUUGUCUCAUCGAGUGAUAUUCUAUCUUGUAAAUGUUGUGACCAUUUUUAAAAUUUGUUUUUG